AUGUUUAAUCUAUGGAGUUGUGUCAUGAGUGGUGGAGAUCACGGACACAAUUUGUAUGAACGGAUGAUAUCGACAGUUGUCGAUGAACAUGUAGACAAAGAAAGCGAGUUGAGAGAAUUAGCGACAGUUACAGCAGUUUGCGACAGGAAGGACGACGCAGAAGCACGCGAAGAAUUCAGACGGAGUGUGGAAAGGUUGUUGCUUGAGAUAAUCGACAAAAUCGUGAAGGAUAGAAGAGAAGACUCUCUAUCACCGACCACAUUGCACGAAGAGAAUUCCUCAGUGAAUAGAAAGAUGUACCUUUCGAAUGAGGUCACUAGUUCAGCAUGGCUGACCAGGUCGGUGUCGUCAACACUGCCGACAACAGUAUCAUAUACGACAAGUGCAGAGCUCCUGCAAUAUGAGAAUGAGAAUGGGUCUCGGUUGUGGCAACAGUUUCGAAGACUUUCAUCUGAAUUAUUGUGCACGAACGAGGUGGCAACUCGUGGUAUCGUCGACAAAUCGACAUACGUUUGGAAAGAGACUGUCAAGUGGAUCAACCCUGGUCCGUCUGCACGUAAACGGCGACGAUGCGACUGUUUCGUGUCUUGGCUAUGGGCGACCAUUUACGUGUUUGACGACGUAAUCUUCCUUGUAUUAGAUGACGAAGAGGAAGACAACAAGCAGCAAGUGGAAAGACAAUGGAUGAAAGCUCUACUCCUAUCCAAGCUGACAGUGUUAGAAGAUGGAGAUGAUUGUCUUCGUUGGACGAUCGACGACAGUUUGCGUCAGUAUUAUUUUGAAAGCAGAUACGAUCACUCACGUGCCACGGCAGUCGCAAUUAUGAGAGCGUUGUCUCAAAGAAGUCAAAAUCCAUCUUGCGAGGAAUGA